AUGGCGCCCGUUGCCCCCCUCGCAUCCCUUCCGGCUGCUGCGGCCGCCCCCGUGAUUGCGCCUGCCCCCGGCCUCCUCGACCGCGCCCAGCGCUUCAUCGAGGACAACCAAAAGGUCAUUCUCAUCGGCGCGGGUGUUGCUGCCGCCGCUGGUGCCGGUUACUACCUGUACUCGCGCUCUGGAUCGGCCGGCCCCGGCCCCUCAACGGGUGCGGCUGCCGGUGGUGCUGCCCCCGCCACUGGUAGCAGCAAGAACAAGAAGAAGAAGAAGUCCAAAAAGAACGACAAGUUCCUCAAGGGUGAGGGUGCCGAGGGUCCCCUCCUCGAGGAGAUCAAGCCCAAGGCCACCGAGGGUGCUGAGGACUACCUCGAGGGUGUCCCCGAUGCCGCCGGUCUUGCCUCGAUGCCCGAUGUUGCCCGUAACAGCCUCGGUGCAACCCUCAAGGACCGGGGCAACAAGCUGUACGCCAAGAAGGAGUUCAAGAAGGCCGUCGAGUGCUACACCAAGGCCAUCGAGGUGUCGGUUAAGAAGGACGCCGUCUUCUACUCUAACCGUGCUGCCUGCUACACCAACUACGCUCCUCCCGAGUACGAGCUCUGUGUCAAGGACUGUGACGAGGCUCUCAAGCUUGACCGCACCUACGUCAAGGCUCUCAAGAGGAGGGCAACGGCCCUCGAGCGCCUCGACCGCGAUGAGGAGGCUGUGCGGGACUUCACCGCGUGCACCAUCAUUGAGCGCUUCCAGGACGAGCAGGCCGCCGCUGCCGUCGAGAGGUGUCUGAAGAAGCUUGCCACCCGCCGCGCCAAGGACCUCCUUACCUCGCGCGAGACCAAGCUCCCCUCGCCCACCUUCAUCUCGUCGUACCUCGCUGCUUUCCGUCCCCACAGCAAGCCCGAGCUUCCCGAGAACCCCACCCAGGGCGACCAGACCCUCAUGCUCGCCUUUGACGCUCUCGAGGCCGCCGACUACGUCCACACCGUCUCGUUUGCCAACGAGGCUAUUGAGCAGGGUAUCUCGUGGAAGGUUGGCCAGGCUGAGGCCUACAACCUCCGUGGUACCUUCAAGUUCCUCAUUGGUGACUCGCUUGGCGCCAAGGCCGACCUCGAGAAGUCGCUCGAGCUUGUCCCCAACUUUGUGCAGUCGUGGGUCAAGAUUGCCUCGGUCCACAUGGAGCUCGGCGACGCCGUUUCGGCCUUUGGCGACUUUGAGACCGCCAUCCGUCACAACCCUGACGACGCCGACAUCUACUACCACCGUGGCCAGGUCUUCUUCAUCAUGGGCGAGCACGACAAGGCUAUUGCCGACUACCAGAAGUCGAUCGAGCUCGACGACACCUUCAUCUUCACCCACGUCCAGGCCGCUGUUGCGCAGUACAAGAUGGGCGAGGUCGCCAAGUCGAUGGCUGCCUUCCGCCGCAUCCUCAAGCAGUUCCCCGACCGUGGCGAGCCCUCCAACUACUACGGCGAGAUCCUCCUCGACCAGCAGAAGUUCCAGGAGUCGGUUGAGCGCUUUGAGCGUUCGAUUGAGCUGGACAAGUCGCGCAAGCCCCGCAACGUUCUCCCUUACGUCAACAAGGCCCUCGCCCUCUUCCAGUGGAAGCAGGACAUUGGCGCCGCCGAGUCGCUGUGCAAGGAGGCCCUUGCCAUCGACCCCGACUGCGACGUUGCCGUUGCCACCCUCGCCCAGCUCUCGCUCCAGCAGGGCAAGAUCGAGGCUGCCAUCCAGUGGUUCGAGAAGUCGGGCACGCUGGCCCGUACCGAGGGCGAGCUCGUCAACGCCAUCACCUACGAGCACGCUUCGCGUGCCCAGGCCGCGUUCCUCCAGAACUUCCCCGAGUACGCCGAGCGUCUCGGCCAGAUUGCCCAGGCCGCCUAA